AGACGAUAUUUUUUAAUUUAGACUAACUAGGAAAAAAUAUGGCACACCCUGUGUAAUUUAACAAGCAGAAAUGGUAAACAAAAAUAAUGUAGGUACUGAGUCAUUGGAAAAGACAGAAGAAGGCCAACAAGAUAGCACAAAUCCAAGUACCGAUACUGAAAUAAAAACCGUGAUGCCUGCGCGACAAAAAGUGUCAGGGCGAGCCAUAAUCACACUUGCAGUGCUUGUGUACAUAAACUUACUGAAUUACAUGGAUCGCUUCACAGUAUCAAGUGUUUUAGUCGACAUACAGCAUUGGUUUAACAUUGAAAAAAAGAAAGCUGGACUUUUGCAAACUAUAUUUGUGUGUGCUUAUAUGGUGUUUGCACCAAUAUUUGGUUAUCUUGGUGAUCGCUUUUCAAGGAAGUAUGUCAUGGCAUUCGGAAUCACAAUAUGGUCAAUAACAACUUAUGCAGGCUCACUCAUGGGACGAGAGCACUUCUGGGGUUUCUUUGCUCUGCGAGGUUUGGUUGGGAUCGGAGAAGCAAGCUAUUCCACUGUUGCUCCGACUAUAAUUGCUGAUUUGUUUGUGGGAGACCGAAGAAGCAUAGCAUUAUCAGUGUUUUAUUUCGCCAUACCAUGUGGAGGCGGUCUUGGUUACAUCGUUGGAUCCAAAUUUGCUACGUUGCUUGGAGGAUGGCAGUGGGCACUAAGGGUGACACCUGUUCUCGGCAUUAUAGCUGUUCUACUUACAUUGAUUGCAGUGCACGAGCCACCUCGGGGCGUCAUCGAGACAGAGGGGACGACCCCUGAUGUUGAGGAUCUGUCUGAAUCGGUCGUCUUGACGCCUCAUUCAAGCUAUAUUGAGGAUCUGAGACAAAUUCUCAAUGUGCCGAGUUUUAUUUGGGCUACAGCUGGUUUUACCUGCGUAUCUUUCGUUGUGGGUGCUUUGGCUUGGUGGGCGCCUGAAUUUGCCUUUUAUGCCGAACAAAGCCAUUCAUAUGACGCUAGCCGAAAACAAGAUGAUGUCAGUUAUAUCUUUGGUAUCGUUACAUUUGUAUCUGGUAUACUUGGUGUUUGGAUAGGCGCUGAGUCUGCUCGAAGAUGGAAAGUUUAUAACCAAGAGGCAGAUGCAUUAGUUUGCGCGAUAGGAAUUAUCUCGUCCAUUCCAUUCCUGUUUUUCGCUUUAUAUAUAGCUGAUAAAAUUAUGAUUUUAUCCUGGAUUUUGAUUGCCUUUGGCGAGAUCUUAAUGUGCAUGAAUUGGGCGCCGAAUGGUGAUUUAUUAUUGUACGUAAUUCCACCAAACUGUCGCUCCACCGCUGAAGCAAUACAAAUUCUGAUUAUCCAUGUUCUUGGAGAUGCAUUUAGCCCAUUCGUUGUCGGCGCCAUAUCGGAUGCUUACACCGGCGAGGUGGAUCCAAACUCUGACUAUAAAAUAAAACAUCUAGGACUUUUAUACGCCUUAUACAUAACGCCUUUUAUUUGCGUGGCGGGUGCAGUGUGUUACUUAAUUUGUGCAAAGCACGUACCAGUAGACAAAGCAAAUGCUGAAGUAAAAGUGCGUAAAAUUAUGGAAACGCCUCCCGAAUCUAUACUAAAUAGUUUCCCAACGUCACAAUCACCGUUACCAGAUGAACCGGAACCUUCUGCGGUACCGGAUGUUUAUCCUGAUUCAGAGAGUGACCGGUAUGAUGCUGAUACAGACGUAGAACAAUUGAUAAAAAAGCCUGCUCAAAACGUGCGUGUUUAGAUCUUUUUUAAAAUUUGACAUCUUGUUGGUCGAGACAAAGUUUGUAUCUGCUUUCUUUUUUGCUCUUUAUUUUAUCAUUCCUUUAGUUGCGAUUAAAAUGCGCAUGACGAGAGAAAUUUAAUAGAGUUAUAUAUAAAUUUUUUGUUAUUAAAAAUGUUUUGAAUUUUUUUUUUGUCCUUUAUUUUUUAAUUUGAUGUUUGUCUUUUACUCUUAAAAAAUCGUUGAAAGGAAUUAAAUUUUCUGACUUUUCUAUUCACAAAUGCUUCUUUGCUUUGCAAAAUAUGUAGUUGAGAAGAAUCAGUGAGUUUCUAAGAUAAGAGAGUUUUUUUAUAAUUUGUUUUUGACGUUUUUUAUACUUAUAUUUACCAAUUUUAACUAGAGUACUUUUACCUUUGCAUUAAAAAAAGAGAAAUUACUACGGCACAUACAUCGUGGAACAAAAGAAUGCGAAUGUCAUGCAUAAAAAAAGGCCACCCAGAAGGAGGGUGUAAAGCUUUAAUUACACGACCUCUUUCAUAAGAACACCCAAAUACUAACCAGGCUGGUUGUUAUUCUUAUUAAUGUAUUGUCUUAAACGAUAGACCUAUUGUUUUUAUCCUGAAAUCACAGUCUAAUAUUCUUACAAGGGAUUUUUAUAAAAAGAAGCAUGUAGGUCUUAUACUUUUGUAGCCGUAUCCUUUCUUUUGCUGUUAAAUGUUUUCAAGUUAAAUUUAAAGCUUAUAACUAAUCAGUACGGUACUUUGUUCCUCCAAGCGGUGCUAACGAUUGCUAAUAUUGUGAAGGUACACAUCAGAUAUAACUAAUUUUCAACGAUAAUGAUAUUUAAUAAAACGGUUGAAGUUUACCUUGUAUAACAAAAAAAAAACUGUCGGACAAAGUCAAAUGUCAUUUAAAAAUAUGUCGUCACUUUUAAUAA